UGAACAUUUCAAAAGCGCGAUUUCGGUUUCCUGUGUUGCGCUGUGGGUUGGACUCGCUGGCUUGCCGUACUCCGGGCUAGAGCGUGGGGGUCUACCUCUCUUGCUGCCGUUGCUGGCUGGUGGUGCCGCCGCCUGUGGAACUUCCGCGCUCGCUGGAUUCGAAACGCCACAAUGGCUCAGAACGUGCAGAAUGUGACAUUGUCUUUGACGCUGCCCAUCACCUGCCACAUUUGCCUGGGAAAGGUCCGCCAUCCGGUCAUCUGUGUCAACAACCACGUGUUCUGCUCCAUUUGUAUUGAUGUAUGGUUGAAGAACAAUAGUCAGUGUCCGGCUUGCAGGAUCCCUAUCACCCCUGACAAUCCCUGCAAGGAGAUUAUAGGAGGAACAAGUGAAAGUGAGCCCAUAUUUAGUCCUACAGUCAGAAAACAUCUUCGUAAAACCAGACUUGAACUGCUCCACAAAGAAUAUGAGGAUGAAAUAGAAUCCUUGCAGAAAGAAGUGGAAGAGCUAAGAGGUAAAAACCUUGGCUUGGAAGCACAGCUGAAAACGGUUCUGGAUCCUGGGGCCUUGGGUCUGUGUAAUACACAUGAAGAAAGUCAUCAGUCAACAGAUGAGGCGAGCCGACCUGGCCCAGAAACUAUAGAAGAAUGGACCAAGAAACUUAAAGCUGCUAAUGAUCUAUAUGAGAAAGUGAAAGAUGAUGUGGAAAAGUUAAAGGAGGCAAAUAAGAAACUGAGACUGGAAAAUGGUGGCCUUGUGAGAGAGAAUUUGCGACUGAAGGCUGAAGUUGAUAGUAGAUCACCUCAAAAGUUUGGUAGGUUUACAGCAGCUGCACUUCAGUCCAAAGUAGAGCAGUGUGAACGUGAAAUGAACCGUCUGAAAAAAGCACUGGAAAGAAGUGACAAGUACAUAGAAGAACUGGAGGGUCAGCUUACGCAACUGAAAGGAUCAAGCGGAGAAACCCAAAAUGUGAGUACUGUUAGUGAGAGAGCGCUUUUCACAGAUAAUACAGGAAGUGAAAGCAGUGAAGAAGACAUUGCAUCAUUGAAAAGCCAAGUAGAAAGAUUAGAGAAAAAGACUUUAACUACCAGCCAAAGUCCUGACAGUCCUGAGCAAUUGUCAGGUAAUGGACUCUUAGAUGGUGAUGGUGCUUGCUCAAACCCUGCUAGUCAAGAGAGUUCAAAUGGGCCAGUCACGCACAAUCGUCCGACAAACAAAGAACUAUUUUCAGGGUGUCAGGAAGUUCUCCUGAAUAUAGCUGCGACAAAUAUGGAUGCCUGUUUAGAACCACAGUGGGAUAAAGGUGAGGAUUGUGCACCAUAUAAAGAUGAAGAACUUUAUGAGCUUCCAGCACCAUGUACACCUUCUUUGUCUCUCAGUUGUCUCCAGUUGAACACCCCUGAUAUCAAAGAGAAUCCUCUCGUAAAACAAGAGAGUAUGGGGAAGCCAUCUGCCUUUCUAAGGAAACUGGAGUUUGAUGAUUUUUGUGACACUUCAGAUGAUUGCAACAAAGAUUCUCCAGAACAUAGUGCAAGCCCCUAUAACAGCCAGAAGAAGGUGACUUGUUUUACUUCAGCAAAGCCAGUGUUUUGGAAUAGCUGCUCAACAAACUAUGCUGAAAACUUAGAUUUUGAAGGUUCAGAGCAAAACGCAAUUACUAGUCAUUCAAGAGAGCCAUUGGCAAAGUCCAGAGAUAAGCAUGAACUUCUUUUAUCUAAAAGAUUACAUACUAUCCGCUCUUCAGAAAUGAACCGCACAAGAACGUCCAGUGAAGCAUCCAUGGAUGCCGCUUACCUUGACAAAAUUUCUGAGCUGGACUCCAUGAUGUCAGAAUCUGACAAUAGCAAAAGUCCUUACUACAACUUUAAGUCCUCUGAGCUUGAGAAUCCUUCAAAGUCAACACAGUGUUCUGAACUCCUUAAUGAAUCAGAUAAGAAGCUGGAAGAAAGGAACAAACAAAACAAUGUAAAAUGUCCUGAAUUAAGUGAGCAAUUGGUAGAUUGGAAACCUACUACAUUUUCAAUCCUCUCUCCAUCUGGACUAGACAUAAAUGAACACUUCCCAUUAUUUUCAGGCCAAAAUUCAGAAACUAGUGAAAUCAAACCUCAGAACUGUUUAUUUCAAAGAGAGUUUUCCCAAAGUUUUCUUUUCAGUAACUCGCAAAGGCUAUUUGAAGAACAAAAGUUGGGUUCCUCUAUUUUUAAAGUGUCAUCUGAGAUUCAUAAUCUUCACAACCAGCUUCAGUCUCCUUGGGCUUCUUCCUUUAUUCCUGAAAAGAAACAUAAGAGUGUCAAUCAGUCAACCAAAAGAAAAAUUCAAAGCAGCCUUUCUAGUGCUAGUCCCUCAAAAACUACUAAAAACUAACUCUUAUUAAAUUGAAGUUAGUAGUCUUAGUGCCAACAUGGGAACAUUUAAAAAUCCCCAAGUGAACUUGAUUUUUGGUGAGUUCCAUGUGACCUGAUUCUGUCCCUUUUGACCAAGUGAAAGCAGAAUAUUCUCUCAGCACCCCAAAUUGCUUCACUUAGAGAAGAAUCAUUCAGAGCUUUCUUCUUUGAUAGGUUUUGUUUUGUAAAUUUUUUUUUUUAAUUGUCAGGUUAUGUGAAGUUCUCUUUGAGCAGCAGUUAUGUCCUCCUUGAAUAUGACCAAUUUUAAAUGUUCUUGUUAAACCAGCCUUUUAUAUGGGAAAGGACUUGCUUUUAAAAGUUUAAUUUCCUAUGCUACACGGUAAUGGUAAUUGUAACGCUGCUACUGGUAAUAAUUGUUCACUUGCCAUAAAACACUGUAAAUUGUUGUUGUAAAACUUUACUUCCAGAGGAAACUGCUACUGCUGCUUAGACCUAUUUGCAUGGCACUAUUGUAUACUGAAACUAUAGUUUAAAGUGUGUAUAUAAUGUAGCAGCCUCUCUCUUGUUUCAGUGUUUCAGCAUUUCAGUUAGAAAACCUCUCUUCCUUAAGACUGAAAACAUGGCUCUUUUUUUUUUAAGUUAAGCACAAUUUUUAAUUUAGUUUCCACAAAGCAUUGUUAUUCAGAACAUGUUCAGUACGCCUGUGUAGACCAUAAAAAUGGGUUUGUAUGCUAAUGACUUGUUUACCUAAUGGGCACUGAACAUUUUACAUUAAUACUGUACUGUUUUACAUUAAUACUGCAUGCUUUUCUAUGUGAAUUGAAUAAAGGAUGUCAUCAGCACUAUAAUCUUUGAUGUUGCCUCAGAUAUUGGACUAGCACAGGAAGAAUUGGAAAAGUUUCCUUUUUUUAUAAUUUUGAAAACUGUGUAUAAAACUUGGGUUACAAUUUUUGAAUAAAUUCACAUCUUCCCCCUCCCUGUUGGAGGCAUUGCCAUUCUGGUGUCAGCGUCAAUGCAGUUGGUGGAAAUCGGUUUCAGCCUUUCUGGAGAGUACUGAAUAGGUCCACAUAAUUGAUGAUCUGCUACAGAAAGGAGACCAAUUAAGCAGCAAAGCAAGAUUGGUCUCUUUGCAUUACCAUAUACUUUAUUGUGUUUAAAAUUUAAAUAUGCUUUUUAUCUUAGACAUGGAAUUGUCAUUCUAAAUGGACCCCAGGAUGGCAUUUCUUACAAAUGGGCAGAUCAUGUCUAUCGAUGGA